CUGGCACUACACAUGCUUCCAUUAGCAUGGUUCAUCCAGAGUUAGAGAGUGAAGAACAUCUUCGGGCGUCAUUGAAACAGGCCAUACUCGAAAGGCACCAUGAAGAGAUUUGUGACAUUUUAUUUGCCCCGGAAAUAAACAAGCAUUACUCUGUUGUUCUAGACAUUUCAGACUUAGUGGAGCAUGGUGCAGAUUCACAAAUUUGGAUAGAAUUGCUACAUUCGCCUCACAUGGUCCUUCCGAUAUUGGACUCUAUUCUUCAAGAGGUGCAGCAAGAACUCAUCGCUAUGAACCAAGAUACUACCAAUAUGCGAUACGGCAAUGAUGGUGAAGGAAGGAGAAGAAUGCCGAUGUACUUGAAGCCAAAAUGCUCUGCAAGAGUCAUGGUGGUGCCCGGAGAUGAAUACAGAAGAGCAACAAUUCCAAAUUCUACAGACAUUGGAAAAUUCCUUUCAAUAUCUGCAACAGUAACUAGAACUUCAGAUCCCAGAAUGCUAGAAAACUCAAAGAAAUAUUUAUGUGGGACUUGCAAACAAGAAUUUGCAGUGCUGGCUGAUGUGGAACAAUAUAAUCAAGUUCCGCAGCCUACAAAGUGUUUAGCGACGAACAAUGUGCGGCCAUGUCAAGGUCGCAGAUUCCAGCUUAUUGAGAGACCACCAGGUAAAACGCCAGAAGACUGCCGAGACUACCAAGAGAUCAAGAUCCAAGAACAAACCAAUAAGCUGACUAUGGGCACCAUUCCGAGAUCUUUAGCAGUAAUUCUUCAUGAUGACCUUGUUGACUAUGCGAAAUCAGGGGAUGAUGUGACAAUCACAGGUACUGUUAUUAGACGAUGGAAACCUCCAACAUAUCGAGAGCGUUGCGAUAUAGAGUUGGCGCUACUUGCGAACCAUGUGUUUAUUCAUAACGAACAACGUAUUGGCGUCGGGAUCACGGAAGAACAACGCAUUGAAUUCGAGCAAUUUUGGGAUCGAGCUCGAUCUUCAGAAGUUGACAGAUCGUUUACAGCACGUAAUACCAUUCUAAGUCAGAUCUGUCCUAAAAUGUAUGGACUUUAUGUAGUGAAACUGGCUGUUAUGUUGAUAUUGACGGGUGGAGUGCAGAAAAUUGACAAAUCUGGCCUUAAAGUACGGGGUGAGCCUCACUUGUUGCUCGUGGGUGAUCCAGGGACAGGAAAAUCUCAGUUUUUGAAGUACGCCGCCGAGUUAAGCCCACGCUCAGUACUUACAACAGGCAUUGGAAGCAGUAGCGCAGGACUGACGGUCACGGCACUUAAGGAUGGAAAUGAAUGGCAGCUAGAAGCUGGUGCACUGGUUUUAGCAGACCGAGGACUGUGUUGUAUUGAUGAGUUUGGAGGGAUGCGGGAGCAUGACAAGACAGCGAUUCAUGAAGCAAUGGAACAGCAAUCCAUAUCGAUCGCAAAAGCUGGGAUUGUUUGCAAACUAAACACCCGAUGCUCUGUGAUUGCAGCUACGAAUCCAAAGGGUAAAUAUGACCCAGAGCAGUCUGUAUCAAUCAAUAUUGCACUAGCCAGUCCACUUUUGAGUCGAUUUGAUAUCGUUUUGGUACUAGUGGACACAGACGACAGUCAUUGGGAUCAAAAGAUUUCGUCCUAUAUUUUGGAUACACGGAUGAGAAUGGAUGGUAUGAACCCCAAACAACCACUUUCGAGAAAGGAAGUUGUUCGAAGGCGAAAGAGACUGAGGAGAUAUGCGAUGCAGCGCGAAGCAGAAGCGAACGGUGAAAGGCCAAUGCCAAUUAAUGAUGAGAGCGAUGAGCAAGAUGCUAAUGAUGAAGAUGAAGAGGAAAAGCUGGAAGAUCAAGUCAAGGAAGAACCAUGGUCGCUCGAGAAGCUCAAGGCAUAUCUCAUCUGGAUAAAAUCGACUUUUGAGCCCAAGCUUACACCGCCUGCUGAACAGGUUUUGAUCGCAUACUACCAGCUACAGCGGAAAGCAGAUAUUAGGAAUGCCGCCAGAACAACUCUUCGUCUGCUGGAGUCACUGAUCCGACUAAGCCAGGCACAUGCGCGGCUUAUGGCAAGAAAUUAUGUCACAGUCCAGGAUGCGGUUGCGAUCGUAUCAUUAAUCGAAAUCACAGCACAGGGUGGCGCUGCCAUGCUCGGUAAUAUUAACCCACUUCAUGCAAGUUUCCCAAAAAAUGCUGAGGAAGAAUAUCGACAGCAGGAACAAAUCAUGCUGCAUCGUCUAGGAUUGUUACAUUUAGCCUCGCAGCAAGCAUCCUCUAAUACAAGUAGACGAUCAACAGAUACAGAAGACGAAAUACCAACCAACCCCAAUAUACCUCCUCUACUGCGGCGCCACCAAUUACCUUCAAAGCGGAAACACGCUUCCUCUCGGAGAGAACUUGAUGAAGAUAUAGUCCUUGAUGACCAAGCUGAGGAGGAUAUGUUAAUGCGACAUCGUAAUCAAGACCACGAGGGAGAGGAACGGCUAAAUAGUACUAUGGUAAAAGAAGAAGAGGAUGAUGAAGAAGAAUUGAUUAAUAGACGCUCUAUUCGACGUCGGAUUGCUAAAGAGCGGACAUUGCAUAAUGCUAAUGAUAACAAUGAUCGGAAAGAAAGGACACUUCGUGAACGGAAGAAAAGAUAUUCGAAACAAGUAGAUAAUGAAGAGGAGGAUGAGGAUGAGGAUGAGGACGAACCAGAAGAAGAAGGAAGAUUUCCUUAUGGCCGGAAGUUUACUCAAGGAUCCUUAGAAAUGUAGAGC